AUGGCUCGAGAGCGGCGCAAGGACAGCGCGGUGGAGAUUGGAUCGGCAAAGACCGAGGUUGUUCGAGAAGAAACCCAGAGUGCAGGAUGUUCAGCUCAGCUCAGCUUCAGUUUAAGGCAGUUUACGCGUGCAGGGGACGAAAAAAAACACAAAGCCAUGUUUCACCAUGGCAAAGCCAAAAAAAAUGUGAGACAGCCAUUCUUCGCGGUUUGA